ACCGGUUUUUUUACAAUCCUGAAUUAAACGUUCAAGUAUAUCUUUGGUCAGAUUAUAGGCAAAGACUUGGUUUCAAUUAAGAUAAACAGCUUAGAUUGACCACGUUCACCGAUUCUGGAUAAAUAUAUCACUUUAACGAGGAAUUGAUCAUCGGAGUUACUGGAAACUAUCAAUAAACAAAAGAUGUCUUCCGUUGCCAAAUCUGCCGCCAACAAGCUGGACUGGACCAAGAUUGUGUCGAAAUUGGGCCUUUCUGGUCAGACUGCAGCAGCAUUGACCUCGUUCAAGAAGAGAAACGACGAGGCCAAGAGAAUUUUGUUCGAAUUAAAACAACAACCUAGCAACGUCGACUUUGCCUUCUACAAGAGCACAUUGAAGAAUACUGCCAUUGUGGACAAGAUUCAGAGUGACGUUUCCAAGUUCACUCCAUCCAAGGCCAACCUUUCUAAACAACUCAACCUGAUCGAGUCCUUUGAGGCAAAGGCUUUGGAGAACGCCAAGGAGACGGAAAGCGUUGUUCUUGCCGAGCUUACUGACUUGGAGAAGACGCUUGAGAACAUUGAGAGUGCCAGACCAUUUGACCAACUUACUGUGGAUGAUGUCGUCAAGGCUAGACCAGACGUCGAGGAGAAGGUUCAAGACAUGGUGUCGAAGGGUAGAUUCGAGGUGCCAGGCUACAAGGAGAAGUUCGGUGACCUGGUUAUCAUGUAAGAUCGCACAUACAUUGAACAUUAGAGAACUGAGACAUGACUCAUGUAACAUGCC